AUGAUCGGAAUAACUGUGACACCUGAUGAAGAAAAAAACUUGAAUCAUUAUGUACAAGUUUUACAGAAUCUAGUAUUAAGUGUUCCCACUAGGGAGCCAGGCCAAGAGAAAAUAUCAAAGUCUCCAAAUAACGUUUAUUCUAUGAAACCGAAGUCUUCAAAAUUUAAGGAGCUAAUUUCACAUGACAAAGCUUCAACUGAGAAUGAUAUUUUAAGCGACCCUAUCAGUGAUAAAGCUACACCUUUCCCUACUAGAGACUUCCAACCUGAAAUAAGGAGGAACAAACGUACUAAAAGUACACCAUUCUGGUCAAUUAAACCAAAUAACAUUUCUGUUAUUUUAAGUUCAAAAGUACCUUAUAUUGAAAGAGAAGAGCCAGAGCCAGAGCCAGAGCCAGAGCCAGAGCCAGAGCCACAAUUUAGAGCACCAAUGUUAUGGCCAAAUGUUACUGAAUUACCUCCAAGUCCUUCAAGUAGGAGCACUGACUGGGAUACCACCACAGAACUAGAAGAUGUUCCUCAGCUCUCAGGGGAAUAUGAAAUACCAAUUUAUGAAAGUCAACCACUAAUUUUGAGUAAUGAAGAAAUUUUGGAUAAAAUAUCAGAUAUUCGUUCAGAAGUACAACAUGUACCUCUUGUUGAGAGCCUCAAGCCAGAAUAUAGAGAGGACAUUCGAGCCUCUAGAGAGAACCUAAAACGAAGCCUUGCUUUAGCAGAAGCAGCAGAACACAGAUUACAAAAAAUGUAUAAAUCCCAGUUAUUACCAGUAGGACGCAGCAGUUUUCCCAGUGAUGAUAUUGAAACUAUUAUUAACAUGCUGUAUAAUUCUAGAUCUAAGUUAUCUCAAUAUUUAGAUAUUAAAUAUGUUCCAUUAGAGAUGAGACAGAAAGCUACUACAGUAAUCCAUAUAUUGAAAAACAGAUUAUGUAUGCAGAGCCGGGGCUCACAUCCUAUAGUCACCUCCUCAGAGUGGAGGCUGGUGCAAAAAGCCCUGAAUUAG